GUCCGUCUAUAUUACUAGUAUAGUCGAUAACUGUAUACACCAUCAUUCAGUGCCUGCAUCUUCAGAGCAGACGUCUUCUUCCAGCGUGCUAACCUAGCAGUGCUGCCCCGACAAUGGCGAGAGCUCCGGUGUUUCUCGCGCUCUUGUGCCUCACGGCCUUUGCGCUGGCCGGCGGUGCCGAUGCGAGGAAGAUGGUCGGCGUGUACGAGCUCAAGAAAGGGGAUUUCUCCGUGAAGAUCAGCAACUGGGGCGCCACUAUCAUGUCGAUCGUCACUCCUGAUUCCAAAGGGAAUUUGGCUGAUGUUGUGCUUGGUUUUGACACCCUCGGUGAAUAUGUUAACGAUACUUCUUACUUCGGCCCGCUGACGGGGCGCGUGGCCCAGAGAAUGGCCAGGGGCCGGUUCGUCCUCGACGGCAAAGUAUACCAUACUUACCUCAACGACGGCAAGAACGCAAUUCACGGUGGUCACAGGGGGUUUAGCAAGGUUAUAUGGACGGUGAAGGAGUACGUUGGAGGCGGUGACUCCCCAUACAUCACGCUCUACUACCGCAGCUUCGACGGAGAGCAAGGAUUCCCUGGAGACUUGGACGUGUACGCGACGUACGAGCUGUCGAGCCCCUACGUGCUGAGCAUUCGCACCAACGCGACGGCGCUGAACAAGGCGACGCCGGUGAACUUCCUGCAGCACGUGUACUGGAACCUGGGCGGACAGGGCAGCGGCGACAUCCUGGGCCACACCCUCCAGCUCUCGGCGUCCCGGUACACCCCGAUGGACGAGGAGCUCCUCCCGUCGUCCGGCCGCGUGGACCCGGUCGCCGGCACCAACUACGACUUCCUGACGCCGACGCCCAUCGGAGCACGCAUCCGUAAGGUCAUGGGCGGCAAUGUCUUCGGGUACGACAUCAACUUCGUGAUAGACGGGGAAGGCAUGCGGAAGGUGGCGUCGGUGAGGGACGGCAAGUCCGGCCGCGGGUUGGAGCUUUCGGCCAACCAGCCGGCAAUGCAGCUCUACACCGGCAACUUCCUGAACAACACCAAGGGGAAGGACGGCAACGUGUACAACCAGUACGCCGGGUUUUGUCUGGAGACGCAGGCCUACCCCGACGCCGUGAACCACCCUGAAUUCCCGUCGAUCACGGUGAGGCCCGGCCAGGUGUACAAGCACGACAUGGUCUACAAGUUCUCCUUCUAGCGGCUAAGUGGCUAACUACUGGCUCUGGCUCCAGUACGGUAUUAACAAUACGAUCAUUGGUUGUACGAUCUGGGUUUGGUGGUGCUGCGGUUCUAGAGACUGAGCGCGCUCAUGGGCAUGGCGCUUGACAAAUAAAAUCGGAUCUUUGUGCAUUAGGUUGGGUUAGGUCUUCGGCUGGAUAUGCCGUCUUCGGAAUAUAAGUUGGCUCAAAUAUAA